GCUUUGUUAUAUUUUGUUUUUUAGUUUUUUAGUUUUUUUUUAAUACUACUCAAUAAUAAUAUAUUUUAUAUAAAAUAUAGUUUGUUUUAUUGAUUAUUUUAAAAUUCUAAAGAAAAAAAAAUAGAAAAAAAAAAUAGAAAAAAAAAAAACAAAAGUUAAUAUUAAAAAAACGUUAUUUCAUACACUCAAUAAUAAAGAAAAAAAUAUAAUAUUAAUAGUUUUUUUCAAUAGUACCACUACAUAAAUUUUAAUAUUAUUGAUUAUCAUAACCAAUUUUUAUAAUAAAAUAAAUUAUAUAUAAAAAAAAAUUCCAAAUUACAAAUUUUUACACACAUUAUAAUAAUAAAUCCCAAAUACAUACAAUGAGCAAUCCAAAGAAAAGACCUUUAGAUGCAAUUAACGGUGGAUUUGAUGUUAAGCAAGAACAAGAUUCAAGUGACUUUCCCUCAGAUGGAUUCAAUACAACUAAUGAUGAUUUAAUGUCAUUAAUGACUUUUUUAGAUAAUGGAUCAGGACAAAAUCAAAAUCAAAACCAAAACCAAAACCAAAAUCAAAACCAAAAUCAAAACCAAAAUCAAAACCAAAAUCAGAAUCAAAAUCAAAAUCAAACACAACAAUUAUAUACUCAACAACCACAACAAACUACAAUUGCAAUAAAAACAGAGGGUUUGAGUGUAAAUAGUGCCACACAAAAUUUAUAUCAAUAUCCAUUAUAUACUCAAGAAGUUAAUCAAAAUAUUGGUCAAACUGUACCAAUUGAACCAUUUUUCCAAAUUGAUGGUGCUCAAAUUCAACAACAAUUAUUACAACAACAAUUACAACCAAUUCAAACAUCACCCACUCAAAUUGAAAUAAAUCAACAACAACAACAACAACAACCAAUUCAAAUUCACCAACCACAAACUAUUCAAAAUAUUCCGCAAUUACAACCAAUUCAAACAAUGCAACAAAUUGAACAAUUACCAAUUAUUCACCAAACUAUUUCACAACCAUCAUUGGUUGAUCAAUUACAACCAAUCCAAACUAAUAAUAAUAAUAAUAUAUCAUUGCCAUCAAAUGAAGAAUUACAACAAAUGAAUAAUCAAGUUCAAAAUCAACUUCAUUGCAAUAACAAUUCAUUACCAUUACCAGAUCAUUUAUUAAUUAAUACACCAUAUGGUAAUGUUUUACAACCACAUCAACAAAUUAUCAAUGAAUGCUUGAAAUUACAUUUGGCACAAAAAGAACAAUUAGAAAAGAUGAAAAUUGUUCAAAAACAAGUUUUGGCUCAUCCUCAAAAAGAAACAUUCCAAAUGCUCGAUAAUGAACAAAAUACAUUGAAAAAACAAAUUGAUGCCGAAAUUACAUCACUUCAACAAAUUGACCAGACAUUUGUCCUUUCACCACCAGAAAUUAGAAACGUGAUUUUCCUUUUACAUGAACUAACUAUUCAAAGUAUCCAAUUAGAACUUUACCACGAAGAGCUUCAAUUAUUAGUUCGUCCACAAAAUCCACCACCAACCAUUGCUGCCCUUGUAGUUAUUGAACAACCAUUCCCAAUGGUCAUUACCAAAUGUAAGCCUUUAGAAGAUGACCCAGUAGUAGUCCAAUUAUUAAGCGGUACAAGAACAGAGUUACAAAUGAUUGGUAAAGUAAGAGCUACAAUGAUUGUAGAAAAUCAACAAGGUUCAAAGACAAGUUCAUCACCAAAAACAAUUGAAACAGAAGUUGUAUCUAUGGAUGAAACCAAUCGUUUGGCAAAAUAUCAUUUAAAAUUCUUAAAUGGUACUAGAAAGAACCCAGUUACCCUUAAGUUUGGUAUGCAAGUUCAAGUUGUCGGUGGUACACCAGUAAAUAUUGAAUCACCACCAUCUUCACCAUUCAUUGUCAUCACCAAUGAGUGUCAAUAUGAAGAAUCAGAUGGUACUCUUCUUAAAAAAGAUUCUUUUGGAAAUAAUAACGAAAUACCUUGGGCUUCAUAUGCAAAUAAACUUCAAAGACACUUUUUACGUGCAACCCGUCAAGAUUUUAUGAAACCAACUCGUUAUUUAUCACGUCACGAACUUAUGUAUAUACAUCAUCAAUUCUUUGGAAGCAAACCGAUGAUUCCUCAAUCAUCAUUUGAUUCAUUUUGGGUAUGGUUUGGUAAGGGUCUUCAAAAACUUCGUUAUCAACGUCAUGUCUGUUCAAUGUGGCAAUCUGGUUUAAUCUAUGGCUUUAUCUCUCGUCAAAGUGUUGAAGAAGCCCUUCGUAAUGAAGAUCAAGGAACAUUUUUAAUUCGUUUCAGUGAACGUCACGCUGGUCAUUUCGCUGUCGGUUAUAAAGUUGAUGAUCCAGAUCCAGAGAAAAGAAUUCGUCACUAUUUAGUUAAAGCGGAUGAUACUGCUGGUGCAAAGAAAACCCUUCCAGACUUUUUAUCUGAAUGCCCACAAUUCACCAAAAUACUUCAAUUAACUAUCGACGUUCAAACUGGCGAGCCACGUCUUAGAAACUUCCCUAAGGAUGUUGUACUCGAACCAUAUUACUCUAAAAGAGAAACCUUACCCGCUACCAAUGGUUAUGAUUCACUACCAACAAUUAUAAAUUAAAAAUAAUAAUAUAAAUAACCAAUUUUAUAAUACAAUCCAAUGUUAAAUAUAUAAUAUAAUAUAUAAUAUACUCUUUUUAUUCCCCCAUAUAAACCAAUAUCACUUUUUUUUUUUUCAAAUCACUCGUUAAAAAAUAUAUAUAUAACAAAAAAAAAAAAUUAAAAAAAAAAAUAAAACUAUUUUGUACAAAGAAAAAUAUAUAUUUUCUCUACC